AUGGCUCCCCUCUUGCUUUGGACUUUGUCGGCCGUGCUGGUGGCGAGCAUGGCAGCCGCUACCCCUAAGCGUCCGAACAUCGUUUUCGUUAUUACCGAUGACCAAGACCUCCAUAUGAGCUCGCUCGACUAUAUGCCAAUAACGGCGAAACACAUUCGGGAUGAGGGCACAGCAUUUGAGAGGCACUAUUGCACCAUUGCCGUAUGCUGUCCAUCUCGAGUCAGUCUCCUAACAGGAAAAGCGGCACAUAACACCAAUGUGACCGAUGUUUCUCCUCCUUAUGGUGGGUAUUCCCAGUUCCUCAAACAAGGUCUUAACGAAAACUAUCUCCCGAUAUGGCUCCAGGAAGGUGGGUACGACACAUAUUACACCGGCAAGCUCAUGAACGGCCAUUCGCUCGCGACUUGGAAUAAGCCUUACCCUGCUGGAUGGAACAACACUAAUUACUUAAUUGAUCCUGGCACCUAUACAUACUACAACGCGUCCUUCCAAGCCAACCAAGACCCACCAGUCUUCCGAACUGGGGAGUAUUCGACCGAUGUCAUCGCGGAAACCGCGAUGGACUGGCUAGAUGCUGCGGCGCAAAGGGAUCGACCAUUCUUUAUGGGUGUCGCCCCAAUCGCGCCCCACACGGAAACCACAUUCAUCAGUUCAACACUGGUUGUAUUCGAUCCUCCUGUGCCGGCAAAGCGACAUGAAGGGUUAUUCCCGGAUGCAAAAGUACCAAGAGUGCCAAAUUUCAAUCCGGACAAGCCUCAAGGAGCUAGCUGGAUGAAAAAAUUGCCUCAGGCAAACCAGACCGUUCUCGAAGUUAAUGAUGCACUCUAUCGCUCGAGGCUGCAGUCGCUACAAUCUGUCGAUGAGCUUGUCGGCUCUAUUGUCGAUAAACUCACUCAGCUAGGGAUGCUGGAUAACACUUACAUCAUAUAUACUACUGAUAAUGGUUUUCAUAUCGGACAUCAUCGGCUCCCGCCCGGAAAAACGUGUGCCUUCGAAGAGGACGUCAAUAUCCCCUUUUUGAUCCGCGGUCCAGGCAUCCCCAAGAACUUCACCGUUGAUUUUGCUACCUCGCACACCGACCUUGCACCUACCAUUCUCAGCCUUGCUCAGAUUCCCCUAAGAAAGGAUUUCGAUGGGACUCCGAUGCCCAUGACGCCUCAGACGAUGGCCGAAGCUGUAAACUCGCCUAUGCACGACCAUGUCAAUAUCGAGUACUGGGGCAUAGCUGCCGGAGAAGGACUUUUGGAGAGAGCUGGUCUCAAUGGGUCUAUUUCGGUCUAUCCCAACAAUACUUACAAGGCGAUGAGAAUCGUCAGUCCAAAGCAUAACCUCCUUUACACCGUAUGGUGCACGAAUGAGCAUGAGCUGUAUGAUCUAAAGACCGAUCCGUACCAGGUUGACAACUUGUAUGACAAGACUAUGGAGCUCUAUGGGCGUCCGAAGCAUCAGGUGAUUGCUCGGCUUGACGCACUUCUGAUGGUGCUCAAAUCGUGCAAGGGCGAGCAAUGCACAAAACCCUGGUUAUCACUUCACCCUGGUGGUAGAGUGCAAAAUCUUGCACAGGCGCUCGAUAGCCGCCUUGACAGCUUUUACGACAAGCAACCUAAGGUGUCUUACACGGAGUGCGAAUUGGGCUACAUUGUGGCCUCCGAGGGCCCUCAGCAGUUCCUCCCAUAUCACAUCGGUGAUUAG